CUGCCUCUUUCAGUUGUUUUGGUGGCUGGUAUUCUGGCUGAGUUGGAGAAGGAAGAAGAAUGUUGGAAACAAUUUGCCAACAAUUUAGGUCCCCACAUUCACAAAGACUCGAGGGCCAUUAUAGAACAAAGUUAUCAGAUUUUACCCUAUCAUCUCAGGUCUUGCUUUCUUUUCUUUGGAUCCUUUCCAGAGGACAAUGUACUUCCUGUUAGAGAAUUAACAUGGUUGUGGAUCUCCCAAGGAUUUGUUAAAAGUUGUGAAGGCAAGAGCUUGGAGGAUAUAGCACAAGGCUAUUUGGAGGAUCUUAUUGGAAGAAAUCUAGUGAUGGGAACUAAGACGAGUUCUCGAGGUAAGACCAAAGCAUGUCGCAUUCAUGACCUGUUGCAUGAUUUCUGCAAGGAAAGAGCAAAGGAAGAGAAUUUUCUCCUAUGGAUAAAGAGGAAUGAAAAUGCCGGUCCAUCUUCCUGUUUUGACAGUCACAACCGACUUGCUCAUCACAUGUCCAUUUCUGCAUACAAGUAUCCUAUUGGAGAUUGGAGCUCAUGUUGGUCACAUGUUGGCUCUGUAUUUUUGUUUGAUGCUCCUGCUUGGCAAUCCCGUGACCUCCUCAACCAGAUUUACACCUUCAAGUUUCUAAAAGUGUUGGAUAUGUCGAGCAUUUUAGUUGAUUAUUUUCCUACUGGUCUUGUUUACUUGAGGUUUUUAGCUGCAGAAGUUUCCCUCAGACAUUAUAAUUCAAUCAUAGACAAUAGUUGGAAACUUGAAGUUCUGAUGUUACUGAAUACUAAUUCUUCAAGCAUCAUGCCACUACCCAUUAGAGUCAGGAAUAUGGUUAAACUGAGACAUCUGCAAAUCUGCUAUUGUGGCUUCUCCAAAGAAUUACUUGAGAACUUCGAAAACCUUUAUGAUCUGCAAACUCUCUCCACGCCAUUUAUUGCUGAAGUCCAGGAUGUGGAAUUGAUUUUGAGAAAAACACCUAAUCUUCGGAUACUGGAAUUUGAAAUUGAAGGUUUUGAAUACUUUCAGUACCGCAUACUGAACAUUCCAACACGGAUUGAAAAGUUAUGCAUUUAUUGUCACAACAUUCAUCAUGGCGAAUUCCCUAAAAUCAUCCCCUUUUCCAUCUCCUCACCAAGCCUCAGAAGCUUGACACUAUGCGGCUUUUACCUGCAUCAUCAGCACUUAUCAGAAAUUGCUUCGCUUCAGAACCUUCAGGCACUUAGACUACUACUCAUUCAAUUUGAGAACAAGGAAUGGAAAGUGAGCAAUGGCGAGUUCCUUCGACUCAGAUCGUUGAAACUAAUAAUAAUAAAGAGCAUUAAAGAAUGGAGAUGUAUCGGCGACGAUGCAUUUCCCCAACUUGAACGCUUGGUUUUGCAUGGCUGUCCAUUUCUUAAGGAGAUCCCUUCUUGUUUCGAAGGCAUCUCUUCUCUAUUGUCCAUUGAGUUAUGGCGUUGCAACGAGUCUGUCGUCAAAUCAGCCAGAGUUAUCCAAAAAACACAAGUUGAAGAUUAUCAGAAUUCUGGCUUUCAGGUCUUUAUCCAUGAUGAUUCACCCCUUUAUUAAGGUUCUGAAGCAGAGUCUGUAGGUUCUGAGGCGAAGUUUGUAGGUUCUGAGGCGGAGUCUUACGAUUCAACAUAACAAUAGAAUCUCUCGAAACAUUAGAGUUGGUGAAUCAUCCAUCUUUCAAAAGGUGUUUUAUUUAGACAUUCAAUUCUUUCAGCUUUAUGGUGUCAUUGGGGCCUUGUCCUGGCUUAGAUAGAUUAGUCAAUGAUUAGAGGCUUCGUAGAUAGGGGUUGGCAGAUGUUUUUGAUUAUGAUGUUAUGUUCAUAGUUUGGGAUUUCUUUUUUUAUUGAGCUUUCUUUAGAGACUUCUUUGAAUUAUAUUAUAUUUCUGCACUCC